AAAUCCUUCUCUCCAUCUUUAUUAUCAUUCUAGUUUAUAUUUCAACAUGGUAUCAGAGCCUUCCAUUUCAUGUAGUUUUUCCUUUGAGAUUUCAGUUUAGUUUGUCAUUAUCUCUAUCUCAUUUUAGUUUUCAAACUGUGUUCUUUCUCCAAGAAAUUGAUUUCAGUCCACAGUCUUCAAGAACCUCUGAUCUCAGACUUUUCCAAGAACCUUUUUCCGGAACUUCUUCCCAGAACAUCUUCCCAGAACCUCCCAUCUCAGAAGCCGGCGCGUGACGACGACAUUCUGACUGGAAGCUUCGAACGAAAACCAUCUCCAGACUCAUCAGGGCUUGCUCUAGCAAUGUCCAGGUCUACUUCUUCAUAAUAUUGGAAGCCUGCUUCAUGCUUUCUACACUAGGCGUGGAUAGCAGGAUUUUUCCGCCAUUCAUGAUGACCUGGCGCUAGUAGGAAAAAGGCUGUAAGUUCAUUUAAUAUUUUAUUUCUGAAAAAAAAAAAAUCCAAAAAAAAACUAAAAAAAAAAUUAAAAAAAAUGUCUGGUUCUGACACUGAUACCUCCGCAGUAACACGAAGUCGGCCUUUGAUAGUUUCUGAAGUUAUUCCCAUUAACUUUAAAAUUACUGAGAAUAAACUUUGUGGCUCCAAUUAUUUGAAUGGAGUAAGACUAUCAAACGUUAUUUAAGGAGCAUUGAUAAAUAUACCCACUUAGUUGAUGAUCCGCCAAAUGAGGAUGUUGAUAAAGCUGCUAAUGAUGUCUGGCUUCGUGAUAAUUCUAGAUUAUUUAUCCAGAUUCAGAACUCCAUGGAGAACGAUGUCAUGGGGUAUGUUAGUCAUUGUGAUACUGUGAAAGAAUUGUUUGAUUAUUUGGAAUUUAUGUAUUCAGGCAAAGGUAAUCUUAAUCACAUAUAUGAGGUGUGCAAAGCCUUUUACAGAGCUGAAAUGAAAGAUAAGCCUCUCACGGCUUAUUUUAUGGAUUUCAAGAAAACUUAUGAAGAGCUUAAUACAUUAAUGCCAUUUAGUCCUGAUAUCAAAGUGCAGCAGAAACAACGAGAACAAAUGGCGGUUAUGAGCUUUUUGACUGGUCUUACGACUGAUUUUGAAACAGCCAAAUCACAUAUCUUGUCUGGUGAUGCGGUCUCUUCUCUUCAAGAUGCUUUCAGUAGAGUGCUUCGCACUGACACUUCAUUCACAUCAUUAGCACCUCAGCCAAGCAAUGCUUUUGUAGGGCAAGUCCUCACAUUCCCCAAAGGAGGUGAGAAAUGGCCACACACUGGAUCGAUUGGCAAAGGAGUGGUAUGCAACUACUGUAAGAAACCCGGACACUUGAUCAAAGAUUGUCGAAAACUAAAGUUCAAAAAUCAAGGAAAUCAAGUUGCUCACAUUGCUUCCGCUACAUAGCCACCUGAUGGCUCAAUCAUUAUGUCUUCUGAGGAAUACACCAAAUUUCUUUGCUACCAGGAGGCUCUAAAGCAUUCAUCUACUCUUAUCUCAGUUGUCGCUAAUUCAGGUAAUCCAAACACAUGUCUUGUGUCUUCAUCCUCAAAAUGGGUUAUCGAUUCAGGGGCAAAUCAUAUGACAGGAUCUGGUGACAAAUCGGGUUAUUGGUAAAGGAUAUGAGUCAGCUGUUCUCUAUCUCUUGGAUACAUCCUUACCCAAAUCCAUCUCUUGUCUUGGAGUUGGAACUGUGUUAGAGGCUCAUUAUCGACUAGGCCAUCCCUCUCUCCCGUUGUUAAAGAAACUUCAUCCUCAAUUUAAUAAGGUGUCAUCUUUACAGUGUGAUUCAUGUCAAUUUGCAAAACAUCACCGAACUAGUUUAAGUCCCUGAGUCAAUAAACGAGCACACGCUCCUUUUGAACUUGUUCAUUCUGAUGUUUGGGGCGCUUGCCCUGUUGUGUCCAAAACUGGUGUUAAAAAUUUUGUUACCUUUGUUGAUGAUUAUUCUCGUAUGACUUGGAUAUAUUUCAUGAAACGUCGUUCUGAGUUAUUUUCUCAUUUUUGUGCCUUCUGUGCUGAAAUUAAAACUCAAUUUAAUGUACAUGUUCGUAUUUUAAUGGGAGACAAUGCUCAAGAAUAUUUGUCAUCCUCAUUUAAGUUGUAUAUGGCUCAACAUGGCAUCAUUCAUCAAACUUCAUGUGUAGACACACCUCCCCAAAAUGGAGUUGCUGAACGAAAGAACAGGCAUCUAUUAGAAAUUGCGCGGGCUCUUCUAUUCCAAAUGAAUGUGCCUAAACAGUUUUGGGCAGAUGUUGUGUCUACCGCAUGUUUUUUGAUCAAUAGAAUGUCAUCUACUGUUUCGGAUGGUAAAACUCCAUAUCAGUGCCCAUUUCCAAAUAAUGAAAAUUUUCCCAUCCCUCCUAAAAUAUUUGGUUGCACUUGUUUUGUACGAGAUGUUAAUCCCCAUUUAACAAAGUUAGAUCCCAAGUCAUUAAAGUGCAUUUUCUUAGGCUACUCUCGAGUUCAAAAGGGUUACAGAUGUUUUUGUCCAAGUACGGGUCGAUAUCUUGUUUCAAUUGACGUCUCCUUUUAUGAAAAUACACCGUUUUCAUCAACAGAGACAAAUAUUUGUAGGGAGAAUGAUGAUAUACUCAUUUACACAGUCACUAUACCCGAGUCCACUGCUUCAGCCGCUGUUCCACAUGUUACUUUUCCUGAGCCUAGGCUCCCGGUACACCGGGACGAGGUAUUGUUUAUCAAAAUCAUAAUCACAUGAGAAUAGAAUGCUUUGCAGAUGCUGAUUGGGCUAGAUCUAAAGAUGAUAGAAGAUCCACAACUGGCUAUUGCGUCUUUGUUGGUGGUAAUCUCGUCUCUUGGAAAAGUAAGAAGCAGAAUGUGGUUUCUCGUUCGAGUGCUGAAUCAGAAUAUCGGGCUAUGGCACAAUCGGCAUGUGAGAUUAAUCUGGAUAAACCAUUUAUUGAGUGAAAUCGGACUGAAGACACCAAUGCCUGCUAAACUCUGGUGUGAUAACCAGGCUACUAUACACAUUGCCAACAACCCAGUGUUUCAUGAGAGAACAAAACAUAUUGAGGUCGAUUGUCACUGUGUUCGAGAAAAGAUACAACAAGGAUUGAUCUCUACAGGACAUGUGAAGAUGGGAGAGCAACUUGGAGACUUGUUCACUAAAGCACUAAAUGGAAUUCGUGUUGGUUAUUUAUGUAACAAGUUGGGCAUGAUAAAUAUCUAUGCUCCAACUUGAGGGGGAGUGUGAAAGACAUUGGAAUAUGUUGUAUAAUAUGCUUUAGAAUAUUCUUCUAUCUUUAGAAUAUGCUUUAGAAUAUAACUCUAGGAUAUUAUUAUUGUAUAGCAUCUUAUAGGAAUAUUCUAUCUUUGUAAUGUAUAUAUAUAGGGACUUAACCCUCCAAAGAAAAUACACAGAAAAUCCUUCUCUC